UACUUUGGUCGAUAUAUCAUGUUAUUAUAAUACACCCGGGAAUGGAUCCGCAUUGUCGCAUUGUAGUUGAAGCUAGCUGUGAAGUGUGAAUUAUGAAGACACAAUAUCAUUCAAAACCUCCUGCAGCGUCAACUUAAGCUAACGAUCCCAACAAGGAAAUGCCACACAUCUAAAAGGACUGACAUGGAUGAUGUUAUAACCGUCAGCUCCGACAGUGACUCUGAUGUCGAGAUCGUUGGCUACUUAAAGACCAAGACCGAUCCUCCGCCCCUCGCAGCGGUGCGGGUUGACGUCGGAGGGAUCAAACUGCCAUCGCACUUAAUCGAACUCACAGAUCCAAGAUGGACUCUUCCAGAACUGAAGCUGCGAAAAAGACGAUAUUCUGCUGCGGUGGCAGUGGUAGACUUGACUGAGAGCGAUUCAAAAGAUGGGACACAAAUGGAGACUGAUAAUUUGCUACCAUGUGAUAGUCAAGUAAAAGAAAGUCAAAAUAAAAAUUCUACUUCAAACGAACUAGAUUUUAAUUUACAGAAACGCUCUUCAGGAGACUCAACUGUCUCUCAGCCUGUACAGGACUGUAGUAACCUAACUGCAAAGCACAGGCUUUUGGAUUUUCAACCACAACGCCAAAAGGAGGACAGUAAAACACAUCAACUUCAAACAUCAACACCAAAUGUAAAAUUAGUACGAAUGCCUUUUCUUGAAACUCAUGUGACAGAACUGAAAACAUCAACAUAUUCUGUCUAUGUAACCAAAGAUUGUACACAAAUGUCAUUGUGCCUUAGACAAAUGGACAAUAACACUUUACCACCAGAAUGCAUUAGUGACUUUAAGAUGACCACAUCAAAUGGUCCUAACAUGCAGCCUUCAGUGGAUGAGUCUGCUCCUGAGGUUGUUGAACCUCUUAUAGAAGUGGGACAACAAGAGAACAGUAAUGAAUUAACAAGCACGCAGUUACAGGAUAAAAUAUCUCACUCUCCACAAAGCUCAGCAGACUUUCCCUGCACGGAUAAAGGAAGCUCUGUCACAACCUUAAAGGAGCAAAGCAAUCGAGAUGAUGAGAGGGGAGACUUUUGUCCAUCCACGCUCAUCCCGUCUCCAGCACCAUUUGCCUCAUCUCAAGAUGAAGCACAGGGUUCCUUACCGAGAGAACUCAACUGCGCCGAUGUUGUCCCGCCUGCCUUUGAAUCAAGGACCGACCGGCUAGAAGUGAACAGAUCAGAAUCUAGACAAAGCCACAUCUCUGAUCACUCAUCCUCUCACUCUCUUCCCAUUGAACUGGACCCCUCUCAGCCAUUUGAUCUUGUAUCUCCGCCCCACACAAGUCCUAUAUCUCAUAACCUCAAGAGCCAAACUGACCCAAUCCCCUCCUCUGAAGAUACACAAGUUGAAAAUACUUCUGAAAGGCAAUUUGGGGAGGAUAAUGCUGAUGAGGCCUCAAACAGUUUUGACUUGCGCUGCAGCAUCUCUAGUGACCCUCCUCUGUCGGUGUCUAAAACUGAGGAUGUGGAUGAAGGCUCUAGGUCUGGGACAUACAGAGGGGAUCUGGGGAUUGACAGUCCAGUGUCUCACCUUUGGCAGGAUGGGAGUGAUGGAGAAGUGAAUGAGGAGAGCAGAUAUGAUAGGGACUUCAGAGGGGCCAAUCGAGAGGACAGGCAUUAUGUGUGCCCAAUUAUACUCAGGAAAAUGGCAGGAGCAACUCAAUCUCUGACUGACAACGAAGACGAAGAAUUUGAAACUCCAGAGGUGCUAUGCCGUCAGAGCCUGAGCCUAGUUUACAUUACAAUUGAUGAGAACUAUCCAGAGAGCACUUUGCAGCUCUUGUCUGAUCUACUAGAGCCUGGUUAUUAUCCUCCCAAGGAUAUCAUCUCCCACCUGCUGAAUGGCAUUCUGCUGGACCCGCAGUGUCCUCGUCACCUCUGUCAGCAUGCCUUUAAUCUGCUGAUGAGGACACAGAGGCACCACAUGGAUGAUAAAAACACAGUUCCAUGGGACUGGGAGUUGUUGACCACAGUCAUGGCCAAUCAGGAGAAUACAAACAGACUUCGAUGGGAAGUUGUUCGCAUGCUCCUGGAGUACAUUGUGCAGACUUUGGAGGACGACUUCCAGGCCAAACGUUCUAUCUCUUCUCUUCACCACUCGAUCGCCAAGGCAACAUUGUCAUGUGAUCAGCAGUUUCCACGAGUCAGGGAGGUCAUUAAGUGGCUGUUUUCUGCCAUUGUGAAAUCAACAGAACAUGGAGAGAGUAGAGAAGCAGCCAAAGACAAAGAUGAACAAAUCAGAAUUGUGUCCAUCCUUCAGAGGAUGCUGUCUCUGGCUCUUGAGGUCGACCGCUCUCCAGCUCUCAACUCUGUCAAGUUGUCCCAGGAGCUCUUCCAUAUGUUCAUCAGCAACACAUCUUUACGAGCACACAGGAUGCUGUUGCUGGAGAGCCUGCAGAGCAAGCUGCUGAGAUGUAAACUGUUGGAACAUCUGUUGGACUAUGCAUGCCCACUGAAAGUCUCUGUGCCCAUGUCACUCAGUCUGUUGCUUCACUUUCUGAAGAACUGCACUCUGACACCAGACCCGACGGAUGGUACUGAAAAGUGGCAGAAGUGGGAAGAGUUGAUCCACCUCCUUUGGAUGUUGCUACUCAGUUACAACAAAGCGAUGAAAGGUUAUCUAUGCAGCUCAGCCACUGAACAGAGAGGCAGCGCUGGCACCUUAGUUUACAAGCCGGACGACAUUGUAACAAAGCCAGCCAUUCGUGAAGCUGUGGAUUCCUUCUUGUCGAGAUCCCAGGCUGACAUCGGCCAAGCCAUACCUCUCCACAUGGAAGAGUCUCUAACUUAUCUAAAGGACUUCCUGCUAGAUGUCUCUCAGUGUUGACAACAACAACAACAACAUUGUGUUUAUUUUGUUCGAGGAAUAAUAGAUAAAUGUAUAUUUAUUUAAUAUUUAUAUUUAUGUUUUUUUGUGUGUUUUUUACUUUGCAAAAGAAAAAAUAUGUUUAAUGGUGACCGUGUGUAUUGUCUGUUGUGGCACUAGGUCACCAGCUAUUUGAGAGAUUUAAGAAGCUUUAAUACAUUUCAAUCAAUUGUUCAGAUUGUUUUUUUACUGAAUUUUGUCCCAGUAUUACAUGUGCUGUUAAAAGAUUUUUCCACUUUUUCCAAGUCAGUAAUGUUUUUAAAUAAAUGUCUUGCGGUAA